AUGCUAUUAUCAAACCACUUUAUUCAUAAUAUUAUUGAUUUUAUUAAGGGUAAACAUUUCUUAUUAUUAAUAAAUAAAUAAUAGAAAUGGGAAUUAUUUGUUCAAAUAAUUAGAGUGCAAGAAAGGAAAUAGAUAAGAUAAAUAGGUGUAUUAUAUUAUUUAAUUAUUAGAAAUGUUGGGAUACUAAAAUGCUAAAUAUCCAAGAAGAGACAACUUAAGAAUAUGAGUGUAAAUUUUGGAACAUGAAUAAAAAUAAAUGGCAACGAAAAAUUAUAUAAAUCCAAUAAGCAAAAAUUAAUGAUGUUAUUGAAAUCAAGUAUCUUUUGGAUGGAUAAAUUUUAAGAAGGUAAAUAUUUCUGCUAUCAAAAACAUAGAGAAGAAUAAAAAGAUAUUAGUGUGAAGCCUUAAGUCAUAACUAAUUUAGAACAAAUUUAUUAUCUUGAAUGGCUUGGAAAAUAUUAAGAGAAUUUUAAGAAGGUAGGAAAAUGGACAGCUAAUUGGAAUGGAAAAAAAAUCAAAGAAGUGGGUGGAUAUUAUUCUCAUGAGGGACAAAAGAUUGGUAUUUGGAAUGACAUCAUAAUAAAUUAUGGAUAGUAAAUUACUUUAUAUUUUAAAUUAAUAGACUGACUCAAGUUUAUGAAAUUGGAGAAUACAGAGAUAAUUAAAAAAUAGGGUUAUGGAUAAUUACUUACGAGGAUGAGAAAAUGUAAAUACUUCUUAAAUUUUUAGCGGUGGUGGACAUUACAACUGGUAAAGUAAAAAGGAAGGUCAAUGGAUUGAUUUGAGUGAUCAUUUUUAGAAGUAUUUUUGGAUUAAUUAUUAAAUCAUUAGUUAGAGUUAGGUAACCUAUAGUGGAAAAUAUAAAAAUGGUAAAAAAGUUGGUAGAUGGGAUACUUUUUACAAAUGCAAAGAUUAUAGACCCUUUUUAUAGAUGUAUUAUUAUAUUAAUAAAUAAUUAAAAAACAAUCCAAGUGGCGGAGGAUUUUAUGAAGAUUAAAUAGAAGGAGAUUCAAUUAAAGUUGGGAGAUGGAUCGAUAUUAGUGAAGAGUUUUCAUACAAUUAGUAAAUUACUUUAAGUGGAGAGUAUAAAAAAGGGAAAAAAUUUGGGAAAUGGGAUAUUUGGUGGAGAAAUCGAAAUCCUGAUUGGAUUUGUAAACUCCGAAUAUAUGCUGAUGGAUCAAUGAAUGAUAAUUAGUAAAGAUUAAUUAUAAUAAUUUGGUUAGAUUUUACCUAAGGUUCAAUAAAGGAUGGAAAAACUAAUAAAUGUAAAUAUAACUCAAAAUUCUUAGCGGUGGAGGAUUCUAUGAUUCAGAGGGGUAUGGGGUUAAGAUUGGCAGAUGGAUUGAGUUAAGUGAUGAAUUUUCUCAAAAUUAUCGAGUUAUUUAUGGUGGUGAAUAUCAUAACGGUAAAAAGGUUGGGAGAUGGGAUAUAUUGACUAUUGAUUACUAAGGAUAUUGGGAAAACCUCUCAUUUUAAUAGAUGUAAAUUAUCCUAUUAAAUGUUAAAAACAUCAUUUUUUAGUGGCGGUGGAUCAUAUGGAGAAGGAGAUGAUGAGAUUAAAAUUGGGGAAUGGAUUGAAGUUGAUGAUGACUUUGAUAGAUCCCGGUAUUUAUUUUGGAAAGGCGAAUAUAAAAACGGUAAAAAAGUGGCUCAAUGGACUAUUAGUUGCAUGGAUGAUAAAUUAAUAGAGCCGUAAAUUAUCUUAUAAAUAAAAUACUUAGUGGGGGCGGAUCAUAUAAUGAAGGAGGUGAAGGCAUAAAGGUAGGGAAAUGGAAGGAGAUAUAUUAUUGGUCUGAGGAGGAGGGUCCUUCAAGACAGAACGGUGAAUAUAAGAACGGCAAAAGGGUUGGUAGAUGGGAUAUUGUGUAUCCUUCAAAGUAAAAUAGUUUACCUCCUAAGAUGUAAAUUAUCUAAUUAAAAAUUAUAAAUAACAUUCAUAGUGGUGGCGGAUCAUAUAAGAAACAAGGCGAUGGGAUCAAGAUUGGGAAAUGGAUUGAGUAAAAUUAAAAUAUAUUUUUGCUAUCGCCAUCAAUCAUUGAUUAAGGUGAAUAUUCAAAUGGCAUAAAAGUUGGUGAAUGGGGUAUUUUCUAUAUAGAUGAUGCUAACUAAUUGCAAUAGAUGUAUAAAUUUAAAAAGAGAAUUAUAGUGGUGGUGGAUCAUAUGAUUAACAAAGUAAGGGUUUAAAGAUAGGAAGUUGGAUAGAGAUUAAUGAGUGGGAUUAAAUGAAGUAAAUAAUUCAGAUGGGUGUAUAUCAAAACGGGAGAAAAGUUGGUCAAUGGAUGGAGAAGAAUUUAAAGACAAAUUAAAGCCAUAAUAUAACAAAUUAUGAUAUUUGA